AUGGGCCGUCACACCAAGCGCCCAUCCACCACUGGCACCUCACCACCCGAACCACCACCGCAAUAUUCACUCUCAACCCUCAACCAACACCCACCCCCCGCCUCCCCACCACCCCCAAGCUACCACAGCGAACCCGCCACCUCCUCCACCACCGCCACCGCCCCCCUCUUACCAACCAACACCAACACCGUCACCAACGAGAGACAACGCAUCGACGCCAUCGUGUCCCACGCCGCUAGCCUUGCCGCAAAGCGCGUCGCCCGCCAGCUGCUGGUGUGCGCCCUGCUCCUCAUCCCCGAGGUCGCUGCCAUCGCGCUGGUGGCGUCGGCGCUCAAGGACUGGAAGCGGGUCGAGGCGCUGCCGGGGGAGGCGCGGACGCCUGUCGCCGUGGUGAUGGUUUCGAUCAUUGUUGAGGUCAUGUGGAUCGGCCUGUGGCUUCCGCUCCUCCUCCGCUGCUUAGUCCCCUGGCGUCACCGUAUUCUUGCCGUCACCGCCGGGGUUUUGGGGUUUCUGGCGGCCGGGGCUUCGGUAUAUAUGCUGGCCGUCCUCGAGCACCAUAUAAACAACGGGGCGUGCGAUGCGGACGAGUACCGGGAUGCUUGUGUUAGAGGGUUGAGAAAGGGGGGUCGCUGCGGGAUGUGUUAG